AUGGCAAUCCUUUUGACUGGGGGCACGGGCAAAACAUCAAUCCGAGUAGCGCGCUUCCUCCAAAAUGAUAAUAUCCCCUUCCUACUAGCUUCCCGCCGCGGCCAGUCCGCCGCUCCUGCCGACAUGCCGGCCGUCAAGUUCGACUGGCUAGAUAAGGAUACCUGGCGCAUUCCGUUCGACUACAAGUUCGUCAAUGACCAGGUGAUUUCUGCCAUCUAUCUGAUGGAACCACAGGCGCCGCAGCCUUGGAAGCCCUUGAAUGAGUUUAUCGACUACGCGCUGGAGGAGCACGGCGUCCGUCGCUUCGUCCUCGUGGCCGGUAGCUCGGCCGAGUGUGGCAAGCCGGGUAUGGGCAUGGUCUGGCAGCAUUUCCUGGACAGGCAGGUGGAUUAUUGCGUGCUUCGGCCGAGUUGGUUUAUGGAAAAUCUAACCGAGGAUGGUCCGCGCCACCUCAUCCGGGACCAAAGCAAGACCUAUACUGCCUGCGGGCAGGGCAAAAUCCCCUUUGUCAGCGCUACGGAUAUCGCGGCCGUCGCCUAUCGCGCUCUGACGGACCGCGACUCACACAACUGUGACCACCGGGUGUUGGGUCCGGAGCUCUUGACGUAUGAUGAUAUUGCCGAGAAGCUGAGCCAUGCCCUGGGACGAACGAUUGAGCACGUCAAGCUUUCGGGAGAGGAGCGGUACCAGGGCCUGGUAAACGCGGGUGUCUCCGAGUACUACGCGGGCUUCUUGACAAAGCUGGAGGUUGCGGCCUCGACUGGGUUUGAGACACGAGAGAAUGAUGAAGUUGAGAAAGUGACUGGGCGACCUCCGAGGAGCUUCGAUCUCUUUGCGCAGGAGAAUCGGUCGGCGUGGGUUCCAGAGGGCAAAUGA